AUGCCUAGGCGUGCUAAGGCCUCGACGGCCGCAGAGGCGUCUUCUAGUAGUAGCAGUGCUGCUCGCGGUCCUCAGCUCAAGUUCCCCGUGGCUAGAAUCAAGAAGAUGAUGCAGGCGGAUGAGGAUGUGGGCAAGGUGGCUCAGGCUACGCCCGUCGUCAUCUCCAAAGCCCUCGAGCUCUUCCUCGCCGACGUCGUCUCCUCAACCGUCGCUCAGACUCAGGCAAAGGGGGCGCGCAAAGUCACGCCUCAUCACCUCAAGCGCGCCGUACACGACAACGAGACGCUCGACUUCCUCAAGGACAUCGUCGAUAAAGUACCAGACCCAGUCGAGGGGCAAGGAUCAGGAGCAGGUGGCGGCAGGAGGGCAUCCAAUACCACCGGGCCUAGGAAGAGGGCUGCCCCUGCUGCCAAGAAAGAGGAAGACGAGGAUGGGCAAGAAGAGGAAGAGGAAGAUGAUGAGGACGAGGCCUCCGUCAAGCGGGCCAAGAGGGAGCAGAGCUAG